AUGAGUAGUCACUUAAUCGAUAACGAUUUACAGAAACCGGAUAUUUAUAACAAAUAUUCGCCAUUCUAUGAAUCCAUCAAACAGCAAGCUAUUACAUUGUUUAAUGAAAUUCGAGAAAAUUUAUCACAUACUAUUCAACUUGGAGAAUUAGAACCUGGCUUUUCAAUAUGGUCAAAUAAACUAAAACAAUUCAUUUCACACUAUGGUUUUCAUUUUACUAAAGUCGAUCAUCUCAAACUUAUCGAUUAUUAUCUAUCUAUCCUUUCCAUUACGGAUUUGAAUUAUGUACAUGUGAAAAUAUGUGUUGAUAUGCUCACUGAGCUUUUACGAAAUGCUCGUCUAAUCACACGAGAUGAUCUGACCAUUGAUUGGCGGAUAUUAUAUGAUUGGAUGCAAUGUAUUCGUAACAAUCGUGAUAAAAUUUAUGGAUUAGUUGUUUUGCCCGAGUUCUAUCUAGUCGGUCUAUUUUCAUCUGUGGCAUGGAACAAUAUUGGCUAUAUUGAUUGGGAACCUUGGCUACCGAAAAUCUUCACACGUAUACUUAGAGGUUUCUCAGUUCCGAUCGGUAAAAUGCAAAUGCCUUCACUACAAGAUAAUUAUAGUGUGUCGGAUUUAACAAAAUGGAUUGUUUCAAUGAUGGGCAAUGGAAGUUCAUGUCUUCAAUACGUGCAAGAUCUAUUUAUUACUAUCAAAAGCUUCUAUCAUCCAUCCAAUACGGGUGGAUUUCAACAGGAUCUUGUUAAAUUUGUCUCAAAGCUCGCUGAAUAUUUUGUUACUCGAGUUUAUUUAGAACAUACCACUCGUCCGAUUUGGUACUUCGCACCAUUAGAGUCAUAUCGACUCACUGGACAAAACAUUACCGACUUUGUCAAUUGUGUUAAAGAAUAUGCAUUCAUCUCCAUUUUUAACAAGGACCAUACUGAAGAAGCAGCUAAUGCUUGCCAUUAUCUUUCGAUCCUUCGACCAGAAUUGAUUGUACCACCAAUUGUCGAAAAGCACUUCUUAUCUAUUGAUAGCAUGACUGAACCACAUCGUUUUACAUCAAUCAUGACUUGUUUAACACAUAUUGCUCGUCAAAUAGUCCAACAAACACCUUCUUAUUCUCAAGGGCAAACUUAUGUACUACCAUUGCUCAUGUCCGUGUUACCUGGUAUUGAUUUAAAUGAUUUCGAAAAAGCAUCAGUUACAUUAGACUUUCUUGAAACUAUGCUUAUGCUUAUUACAUGUGUUGAUUGUUCAUCUGCUGUGAAUACUCGAAAUGAUCUAACAGAAAUUGAAAAAGAAGUAUGUUUAUCAACAAUACAAUUCGAAGAUUUCAUUAUUGAAUUUCUUAAUCGAAUAUUUCAAAUGAUUGAUCUAUUAUCAACAGAUAUAUCCGAUGCUGUCACGACUGAUACAGAUUUCGACUUAAAUGAUCUUGUUAUCGAAUUGAAAUUGGCAUCGAUCAUGUUCCAUAUUAUUCAAAAUUGUAGUAAUAAAAUCUUUCAAAUAAUUCGAGAAAAAUUGGUCAAUUUUAUUGCUAAUGCAUGUCUAUCGUCUAAAGCACGAGGUAUCAUCUGUAGUCUUAUUCAAGCACUUGUCAAGGGUAAUCCAGUUGAAACACUGAAGUAUCUCUUACCUAAAACAUGUGAAUCUAUCGACAAAAUAAUACAAAAUUCUGGAUCAAGUAUAUUAUUAACUGAUCAUGAAGGCGAUGUGGAACUUACUUGGUAUUUGUUUCUCUUUGCGGAACUUCUCAAUGCUCGUGGUGAUACUUUACUUAUCUAUAAAAAAAUGAUUAUGUCGGUCUUUCAACAAUGUAUUCAUAUUAUUAACAAAGAUUCAUAUCUAGCUAUUUCUAAUGCUACUCGUAAUUUAUUGAAAUCACUUUCUCAAACAUAUCCAAUUGAUUAUCGACUGACUAUGGAAAAUAUCGAAGAACCCUUUGUCGACUUUUUACCAAUUCGAGCAUGGGGACAAUAUGUAAAUGCUAAUAAACUUGAAGUUCAAUUUCAUAUUCCAAAUGUCGAUGAAAUUGAUUUUGCUUGUGAAUUUGUCGAUACAUUUAUCUAUUCUGAAUUAACUUUGUUGAAUGAAAAUAACUUUCAAAUGUCGAAUACUGAACGAUUAAGAUCGCUCACUAUUAUUAAAUCCAUCGCCAAUGGAUGCUUUCGCAUGGUACCAAGAAUUGAAAGUAAACAAGUGAACGAUCUUAUACCAUCAGUUGUUCCUUAUGAUUCAAAAUACCAGAUUCAAUUUUCAAUUUAUUCCAAAGAACCGAAAUUCAAAGAAAACUUACGAAUGCGUCUUCUCUCUGAUAUUGGAAAACUACUGGAUGUGCUUAUAGAAAAUCAUUCGGAUGAUGUUUCAUCGAUAACAGAAGCUCUAGAAUUGUAUUCAUCGACAUCUAUUUAUUAUGGUCUGCAUAAAGAUGAUGUUGAAUGUUUGCUCGAUGAUUUUACUUCUCAGGAAAAAUUAUUAAAGAAUAAAUUGUGUGGCGAAGGACAGAAUAUUCGUUUUUUAAUGAUUCAAAGAAUGGAACUGAGAAUUCAAGAGCUUGAACUAAGCAAUUCUGGAGUAUUGAAUGACAUCGACAAGCAGGUCAUACUCAAAUUAUUUGAAUUAUCGAUAAAUCGAUACAGUGAAGUACGGUAUCAAGCACAAAAAGAAUUGUUUGAUAUUCUUAAUUGUUACCAUUUUUCAUUUCAAUUAAUUGUGGAUCGUAUUGUUGAGCUACUUAAUAUGUCCAAUGAAGUCGAUCAUUAUCAAAUCAAAGGUUGUCUGCAUAUUCUUUUGGGUAAUGAUUCUUUUUUCUUACCCACAGAAUAUUCAUGGGCGAUGAAGGAAAAAUUGUGGCCAUGGAUUGUACGUAUAACUCACGAAAAUCAAAUUAGCACACGAAACUUGAUUGAAGACAUUACUGACAAAAUUAACGAAAAAUUCGUUACCGAAGUAAUCAUUCAAAGUACCAAUGAGAUAUCAAAACGUGCGGCAGCUGCUCUAUGGCGCACUUUAGAUACUAACGAAAUGAAACUAUAUAAUCAAACUAAUAUUCAAUCCUACAAUAGUCUAAUGGAAACACUUAGUUCAUUACUUAACGAAGACAUAUUAACAUGGGGACAGCAAAAAAUAGCAAUAUCAUUAUUACGCCUUCUUCUUCAAAAGCAUGUGUCAAUUCCAUCGUUAUGUGUUAAAACAUUUGUUGAUUUUCUCGUUCAUGAUAAUAUUGAAUUGCGAGAGUGUGCCACAAAAGCUAUUGCAGCGCUCUGUCGUUUACAAAAGCCACCUGGAAUCUAUGUAGAAAAAAUUCUGGACAUUACUGAUGAUCAUUGUCAUCCGGGUGAUCGUGAGGAUAAUCUAUGGAUAACAAUUAAUGAUUAUAAACCACCUGAAAAACAGAUCGAAUUGGAACAAACAUGCUUUUUAGAUAAAUCAUACCAUGGAUAUUAUUGUUGGCCAAAGAUAAUCAAAUAUUCGAUGAAUAAACGAGAACGUUACACGCAAAAUAAUAUGCCAGAACAAGUGGCUAUUCUAUAUGAUCAUUUUAUUGACAAGAAUUUUAUAAUACAAGUUAUACAAUUGAUGAUUUUUGAUGAUGAAGAAGAUGAUGUGACAGAAUUCAAUAAAACUCGAUUUUUUAUGUUCAAGGGCCUUUUUGACAAUUUUGGUCUUGCAUUCCUGGAUAACUUUAUGGAACAAUUGUACGUACUCAUUCAUGAAAAGACAACAGAAAAACAAGAAAGAAGUAAUCGAGUAGCAGCUGAAAUAGUAGCUGGUAUUAUUGCUGGUUCAAAAUAUUGGACAUUAGAAAUGCUUAAUGAACUCUGGGAAAAACUCACACCAUUGCUCACAGAAGUUUGUAUGAGUUUGAGUUCUGAAACACUCUCCUACUGGAACAUGUGCUUCAUGUGUAGUAUGGAAAAUCAAGAUCCUCGUCGAAUGUAUCGAUUGAUUCACUUUGUUCGUACGCUGAUUGAUCCUAAAAUAGUGUCGAAUAUAUUCAAUGAGACAGCACGAUGGUCUUUAAUUCAAACUUUAAUUUCUUUUAAAUGGCGUAUUCCAUCAAUUUGGUGUGAUAUUAAUGAACAUGCCAAACUACUACUUGAUCAUCCAUCCGAAGAUAUACGAAAAUCUAUUGCCUAUAUAUUAUCGGUAUCGCUUAGCUUCGAUGUGGAAUUAUUAGAUGGAAAAUCGACACGUCAACCAAAUGUCAAUCAAUUUAUCGAUAACAUAUGUGAACGAUUACAUCUAGCUAUUGAAGUUUAUGAAAAGACGCCAUUGAUGAAUGUGUUGGAUGAAGGCUUUGAGAUUGAUCUUGAAGCGCGUAAAGCAUUGAAUUUUAUGGAAACAGUGGUGAGAAUGCACAAAGAAUUCUUUUUCUGGUGUCCACAACCAGUAAAAGAUGCCAUCAUUCGUCUUUUUCCCUAUCUCUGCGAAAUCGAAAGUAUUGCGGCUAACGAUGAUAGCUUUCAAAAUAAUUUAACAAUGAGUCGACUAUGUCUCGCUAUGAGUUAUCUGAAUGCACACUAUUUGGAAGCACUUAUUCAAAAAUUAGCAGAAGUUUGCAGCAGUCCUAAGUGGCAUGCACGUCGAGCAGCUAUUGAAUUUACACAAAACAUGAUCUUUUGUAAUCUAUUCAAUGCUCGUCCUUAUGCAAAACAAGUACAUGAAUUUGUACUCAAAUGUUUGUUUGAUGAACAAUUCGAAGUGCGUACAGCUGCCUUGAAAACUUUGUCUGGUCUUUACCAAUGUGGCUAUCUUAAAGUGUCUGAUGAAGAUCUAAAAUAUUUUCGUGAAAUGAGCAAGAUUAAUUAUUCCACAAAAGUCGAUGGCAACAAGGUGAUAUUAUCAAAAAAUAUUGUCAAACGACAUGGCGGUGUUUUGGGACUAUGUGCGAUUGUUUUGGCAAGUCCCUAUGAUAUUCCUAUUCAUGUACCAAAUGCAUUAAUGCUACUCUGUGAACAUUCACACGAUCCUGAUCUGAUUCAAAAAUCAGUCAAAGAAUGUUUGUUAGAGUUUCGUCGGACUCAUCACGAUUCGUGGCAUGAACAUCGAGAACAGUUCACAGAAGAUCAAUUGGUAAUUCUGGCUGAUGUACUCAUUUCGCAUAAUUAUUAUGCAUAA